UAUAGGAAUCCAGCUCGAAGGCCCGUUUGUAAUGAACCAAAGGCUUUAAAUUUUUACAGGAAGAUGUUUUUAGAAGUUGUUGGUUCCAUUUUGAUCAUAUUAUUUACAUGGUUCCUGAAGACCUGCUACAGUAGACGUGGUAUGCCUCCAGGUCCAUUUCCACUUCCCAUCAUUGGAAAUCUUCUUUUGAUAUUGGACGAUGAUUUUCCGUUCUCAGCCGAAAAGCUUCGUGAGAAAUAUGGAAACACUUUUACACUUGUUCUUCCUACAGAAAACGUCGUAAUGGUAACCGAUGCAGCAACUGCACGAGAAGCUCUCCUCACAAAUAAGGAUACUUUUCAAGGUCGUCUUGCAGAUGUGGUGUACCCAAUAAACGAAAUAUUACAAGAAAAAGAUCUUGCGACAAGUGAUUGGGAUAAUAAAUUUCGACUUAAGCGUCAAGCAUUUGUAAAGGCUUUGCAUACUUUUGGAGAGGGGAAAAAGAUUAUACAUGAAAAUGUAAACGACCAACUGGAUGAAUUCUCUAAGGCGGUGGAAAGCUUGAACGGGCAGCCUUUUGACCCUUCAGAUAUUUUGGAGAGUUCUAUAAUCUCUAUACUUUAUCGUUGGAUAACUGGUAAGACAAAUAACAUAGAAGAUGGUACUGUUGGCAAAUUGCGCGCUUUUAACCCAGCAUUUUUCUCCUGCUUAUUUUCCGGUCCUUUAUAUCAACAUAUAAAAAGUAUCAGCAAUUUACAAGAUGAAUUACGAAAACUUUUUAUACCGGCAGCGGAAGAGAAAGCGAAAGCUUUUCAUCUUCGGUCUAGAAAAAAUCCAAAUGAUUUUGACGAGGAAGAAUAUCAAAAUGUCAUGGAAUCUUUAAUGGCUUGGUGCGAACAUCUUAAAGUGGAAACAGACUGCGUUCCCUUUGUAUCGGCCGGUGGUAUGCUAGCCGCAACUGGUGCACUUUCCACGCUUUUUGUUUGGUUCCUUCUAUAUAUGAUACUUGAUCAAGAUUUGCAGAAAAAGCUUCAAGACGAAAUCGAGGAAACCUUGCAGGGGAAUGAACUGCUCCAGUGGAAAGAUAUGUCUAAGCUUCCGUAUUUGAAAGCGACUGUUUGUGAAGUGAUGCGACAUUCGUAUUUUGUUCCUCUGUCUCUUCCUCAUAACCCGGUGAUAGAAACACAACUGCAAGGCUAUCGCAUUCCAAAAGAAACAACCAUUUUCUUCAAUUACCACUGCAUUCAUAGAGAUGAAAAUGUUUGGAAGAAUCCUUCAGUGUUCAACCCCGACAGAUUCAUCGAUGAAAAUGGGAAGUUCGUUGGAUGGCGUGUGAAGCCAGGAUUUAUGCCUUUUGGUAUUGGUAGCAGAUCAUGCCCUGGCGAAAAUUUAGCCAGGGCAGAGAUAAUGUUCUUCAUAUCGGGGAUGUUGAAGCGAUAUAAGUUUGAGGUAAAUGAAGAUGAGCCCAUGCCGACGUUGGAACGUGGGGAAGCGGCAGGAAAAUUUCCACCUAAACCGUUCAAAGUGAUUGCUCGAAAGCGUGAAUAUAUAGGUAUAAGGAAAUAUUAAUUAUUAACACUUCAAGUAUCGAAAUGUGGGCGAUUAAAUUUAACGAUUAUAUGUACCUGUUAGCUGGAAAAAAACAAUUUUGUGAACGCUCGAAAGGUGACGCUCGUGUGCACACAGCCUAACACAAGGCUGAAAGUAAGAGCAAAGCUUUCAGGCGAUAUUUCUUUUGUGCUUUCGUCAUGAUAUACCCCGUCUUAUUUGCUGUAGUUUAUUCUUUUCUUUAUAGCAUCUAGUGGUUUUUUUCCUCAUUGUCGUAAGUUUGGUCCGUUUUUAUCUAACCUGGCCCCACCAUAAUGUUAUGCAUGAUCAAUAAUCACUCGCAAUAAUGAAUAAGUAAAUAAAAUGAUUACUUUUAUUUAUCGCCGUCUGGUCUGCGCCCACAUGAUAAAGGUGUAGCAGUGUAGGAG